AUGAAGCGGCAGCCCGUAAUACUGUCACCCUCCACACCAUCUGAGCUUCUCGCCUACGUAAUAGCGCACCACAGAUGCCCGACGACGCUGCUCAUCGGCUGGCCGAGGCAGCAGUUCCUCGAGGCGCUCAUCCAAGACAUCGUUCAGCAGCCACAGACUGAAAACGCGUCCAUGCCUCCCCCAUCCCAGCCUUCCCACCAUGGUCUGCUCCAUCCCCUCCUCCGGCCACCAUCCCUCUUGCAGACGGCGGUCGCGCGUCACAUCAGGCUCGCCUUCAUCCCCUCGGUGGCCCACCUUCGUGCCUACAUCGCCACCUUCGAUCCAUCCGACUCGGCCAUCCCGCCGCCGCCGCCGUCAAGCAGUGGACCGGUCGCCGGCAGCCUAACCUCGGCGCCGCUGCUGCUCGUCUACGGCUUCCUCGAGCUUCACCGCGACGGCAGCCAGUGGUCUGCCCAGGGCCUGAACGCCUCCGCCGCCAGCUUCGUCGAGGUCGCCGCGAGGCACGACUUCCGGCCGACCAUCGUGGAGCCGAGAAAGACGGACGGCGACGAUGAGCUGCGCAGGACGAUGGCGGAGACCAUUCCCAUCCUGACCGGGAGCCGUUUGCGGGACGACGGCACCUGGAGCGGUCACACGGUUCCGGUGGACCGAGUCCUUGCUCGCUGGUUCACGGCCGAAGAGGGCACGACCCGCUGA